UUGCAAUUAAUAAGAGUUUAAACUUUCACAAUUAACACACAUAAAAGGAUGACCAUAUAUUUUCCGACUGUUUGCAGCAGCUGUGAUUGGCUGGGCAGCAUUAUGUGAGCUGAAAGCGAGCUAUGUGGUUGGCUCAGUUCAUCAGUAGUCAACAACAUACCUGAAAGGUCCCAUCUCCCCAAUCACUGCUCCUACUCUCCAUUCCUCCUUUCCUCUGCUCGAUUUAUCCACCUUUUUCCGGUGUAGGAAAGGAGGAGGAGAAGAGAAGCAGUGGGAGAGGAAGAGUAGCAAAAGGACUCAGCCUCUCUGUCUCUCUCCUGCUGGAUCUGAGAGUUGGGAAAGUGCUGGAUUUAACCGGCAUGGAGACUCGCAAACACAUCUGCAUCGUUCUGCUCGGUCUGUUCUGCCUUUCUCUAACCCUAACAUCCCUCCUCUUCAGAGAACCCCAGCGCCCCAUACCCGCACACCUCCAGCCUCACUACAUCAGCAGAUAUGUUGAAGGUGGCAGGGAGGUAGCAGAUUCCACAGAAGGAGCAGCGCAGCCCAGACCUCCCUGCUCCUUAAGACGAAUUGUCAAGCACCAUGAACAUCUGAGGAGAUGCUUUAAUUUCUCAGUGCCUCUUGUGCAGUGGGCUGGGAGUCUUAACCAGUCUGAGUGGCAGCAGCUCCAGUUCACUCCUCUACCAUUUGGCUGGAAGGAUUUAGCUUUUGAUGUGGUGAAGAGCACACUGUCGCUGCUCAACCACACUUCUAGCAGCCGUCUGUUUGAGAGAAGGUCUUCAGAUCAGUGUGUGCGAUGUGCCGUAGUGGGCAAUGGAGGAAUCCUCAAAGGUUCAGGACAGGGGAAGGCCAUCGACAGCCAUGAAUACGUCUUCAGGAUGAACGGAGCAAUAACCAAGAACUUUGAAGAGGAUGUGGGCACCAAGACAUCGUUCUACGGGUUCACCACAAAUACUCUGAAGAAUUCUCUGAAAGCUUAUCAGAGCGACGGCUUCACUGCAGUGCCACGAGACCCAGGCAUUUGCUAUAUCUUCAUCCCAUCUAACAUCCGGGAUUAUGUGAUGCUUGCUGCUGCUAUCCAAGGUGUUACUGUGCCCUCAGGGUAUGAUAAAGGAGAUUGGCCUUCCAAAUAUUUUGGAUACAAGCCACCAGUUGAGCAGUUCCGAAUGAUUCAUCCAUCCUUCAUAGAGUAUGUAACUAAGAGGUUUUUGAACUCUCCGCUGUUAAGCAUGGUGUAUGGUGAUGUGUACAUGCCCAGUACAGGGGCACUCAUGCUCAUAACUGCCCUGCACGCCUGCGACCAGGUCUCUGCAUAUGGCUUCAUUACAAGGAACUUUGAGGACUUCUCUGAUCACUACUAUGAUCCAGUUAAAAAGCCUCUUCUUUUCUAUGCUAACCAUGACCUGCCUAUGGAGGGGGAGCUGUGGGAGGACCUGCACUCUUCCAAAGUUUUGUGGCUCUACCAGAGAGACAGCCAUCAGAACCAGUCACUGACAGACUGAUAAUGUUAAACAUUCGCUUUUCGCUUGUUUGUGAAAUUAAUUUUUAUUUAAGUCUUUUGGUAGUCAGUGUUUACACUCUCACAUUUUAUUGUGGGUUCACGAAACAAAACAGUUCCAGAUUAUUUUUUUCAUGUUAACUCUGUAUUAAGAGUUACUUUUUGAUUUUGUUAUGUAUUUUUUUUUAUAUUGUGCCAAGGUUUGUUUUCUACCUGUGAAUUCCUGGUGGAAUGCAGCAAAUGUCUCUUUGCUCAUCUCAUUAGGUUUGAUUCAAGUUAUCUGGCUAACUGAGCUAGACUUAUUUUGUAUUUUCAAUCAUUUGUACGGGAGAAAAUAAAUAGUUUGUUUUGUAUGAGAA